AUGGACAAGGAAGCCGCUGUCGUUCAACGUAAACUGGCAGCUGAGUUGAAGAAUUUUCAAGAUUCCAUAAAAGAAUACGCGAAGCUUAUGCAAACGCACCAGCAGCUCGAUGGACAGUACAUCGAAAACAAGAGCAUUUUGGAAGAGCUGCAAAUGCUUAAACCAACCAAUACGGUGUACAAACUGUACGGUCCGGUACUGGUGAAGCAAGAUCUCGAAGAAAGCAAGCAAAAUGUUGGAAAGCGUAUCGAGUAUAUCUCGAAAGAGCUUACACGUAGUGCGGAACAUAUUAUCCAGCUCGAACAGAAGCAGGAUAAGUAUCGUGCGAAUCUGCAGAAGCUGCAGCAGCAGUAUCAAGCCAUGGUAAAGUAA